UAGAUUUCUGUAAUGGUGAAUCAGACGCACACAUAAUUUUGCACGUAACAGUGACGUCAAUCAAACAUUGAUUAAAAAGUAAACUGUCCUUGUUAGAUGAGAGUAUGAACCGCUGUUUUUACGACGUCGUAAGUGGCGUCGGUAUGGAAAAGUCAUGAAACAAGUGAUACAUAGUGUUGUAACGAAAAUAAUUGUGUGUGCAUUCAAAUUUUAAGCAACAAUCAUGGGUAAUUUGACUUCAGUUAGUAAUUUGCAGCGUCUAAUUAGCGCAACACGUCCAUCACCCGCACAUCCUGAACUAAGCAUUUUAACUACGGGACAGAUCCCUGAAUCAACAAAGUUAUCUGGUUUAAUAUUCGCAGCAAACACCAAUCAUGUCUGGUUACUGAGCUUCUUGUUAAAGACAGGAGCGUCUAUAAAUACAAGAGACCGCGAAGAAAACACUCUGCUUCACAUAGCAGUUUUAAAUAACAGCCAAAACGUUUUCAAGUUUUUAAUAAAAAGAAAUGAUGUCGAAUUAGAUGCCGUUAACUGUAUGCAAAUUAGUGCCUUGACUGUAGCUGUAUUAUCUGAUAAAAUUUAUUAUGUUGAGAAACUUAUAAAAAAAGGCGCCAAUGUUAACUUGAGAGAUGGAGCGGGGUGCAUACCUUUACACCACGCAAGUCAGUUUAGUUCUUUAGCAGUCUGUCAGAUCUUGAUAGAAGCAGGAAGUGACAUUAAUGCUCAGAGUUUGGCUGGAAAAACACCAUUUUAUGUAGCGUGUCAGCGUGGAAAUGCAGACAUUAUUCACAUGCUGUUGUAUUAUGGGGCCGAUACAUCUACUGGAUGCCACGAUGGAACACUUCCUCUAAUGGUAGACAAAUUUAGGUCACUAGAUCUACAACUGAAACUGAUUUUAUACCAUUGCACUUUUGAUGAGAUAGGUUGCACAAUUGAACUAAAAACUUUGACUAAAGCGAUCACCAUGAAGUGGCCUUUGUUUGAACAGAUUUUAACCAAGGUAUCCACCGUCGUAUAUGACACAGAUCAAUUACACAACCUUAAUAAUGUACUACCAGACGUUAAACCUGAAAAUCUAAUAUUAUUGUGGAAUAAAUUUGACUAUAUCCUUAGAGAUAUGGUUCUCAGUUGUUGCACUUUAACUAAUUAUUUGACUGCAGUAGAAAAGAUGAGAUGUGUUGGACCAGAUUUCCUUUCAUUUUUAGAGUUUCUCUUUGAAAACGAGUUUGUUCAAGAAGUCGUUCAAAACUGUUGCACAUCCGUAUCUCCAAUUUCUAGUCUGGCAAAAAUAUUUCACAAAAACAAAUUACCGCUGAAAACUCUAACAGAAUUAGUUUGUUGUUUAUUAAGUUAUGGUGCAAACGUUACUCCGUCAGAUUUAAACGCUGUUUAUGUUUUUUACGGUCGCUGUGAAUUAUUUGAUAUCAUGUUGCACAUGGACAUUCAAACACCAAAAGAAUUUAUACCAUGUUGUGCUAUUUAUGACCAUGAAGUAAUCCAACAGUCCAUUAUGCCGUAUUUCAUAUACGACGUUAAUCUAAAUAUUGACAAAUUUUUGCAAAACCCCCAAUCGUACCUUUUGAUGGAUUUAGAUGUACUGUUAGAUUUUUUUGCGCUUCCGAGAUUACAAGACUUUUUUCUUGCGGAUGGAACUGCGUCAGAUAAGGUUAUGAAAAAAAUGGAAAUAUUACCGUCCGUGCCUUCGUUAGUUGAAUUGUCUAGAAAUGUAGCACGAGAACAUAUUAUUAACACUUUCGGUAUUAAAACGUCUAGUCAGUUUUAUACAGCGAUCAAGAAACUUCCUGUGAACAACAUCUACAAAAGGAUUAUCUCUUUUGAACAAAGGCUUUACUGUACUUAGUAUGAUCUGUUUAACAAAUAUGUGAUUAUUUUUAUAUGUAUUUUUACAUGUUAAUAAAUAAAGAUUUUUUAAAGAUUACUAAAAA